AUGAACAAGGCUAGCUUGGUUUCAGUUUUGCUCGUCGUUGUGGCCCUUGUGGUUUUGGUAGUCGCCUUGGGCUUCUUUUUUACUAAAAAAGAAAAGGCCGGCGCUGAAGAAGGAGAAGGAGCCAAGGAACCCACAUCUAAGGCGGGUACACCAGCUAGUGCUAAAGUACUCAAUGUCGUAACUUAUUUGAGAGAUGAUAAGGUUGAUCAGUUGAAGAGUAUGGCUGAUUCAUAUCUUUUCGAUGCAAGAGCAAAACAAGAUUAUAAAUUUGCCGAUGUAACAGUAUCGGUUGCUGUUGCAGAAGUAGAAAACUAUCCUGGAUAUACAAAAUUUACGCACACAUUUCCUAAACCUUUUAAACCUGAACAUUUAAUGUUCGACACAUUUGUAAAAUACGACUCAUUUGAAGACCCAGUUUCAAGUUUAACUGCUUACUGGUGGGCUAAUUCACUCUUAUUUUUAACUUUUAAGACGUUAAAUGAAGCCGGUUCGUCAGCUAGGUAUUACCAUUUCACUGGCCUCCUCAGUGAAUCCCGUUUGUCUUGGACCAAGUUUGCCUUUGAUCCUACAAGAGUUUUGGAUCCAGCCACUUUGGGUCCCAAGCUUGACGAACUUAAUGCUACUUUCGGCAAUGUUGUUGUUAUGAAUUUGGAUGAAUUUGUUGAAGGUGCCAGUGGAACAUAUACGACCGAAUUAUCAGGCUUCGUUACGACAUUUACCUUAACGAAGGCUCAAUAUACAAGAGAUGAGUUUUACAAAUUUCUGAAACUUCAAAGCCCUUUAAACUUAAAAGAGUUGAGGUUUCAGGGUCAGAACUAA